AUGCACGACCUCAAACCACUGAUUCUCCCCAAACUCGUUGCAGCGCGUAAAUCGUCCAAGAGCUCACUCGACACGUCUGCCGAGCCAACAUCCUCGGUCUACUCCUGCACUGACUCUGGUUUCUACUCGGCUUCUGAGUGCUCCACGCCGCCCACGCCAAGUCUCUACGCGCGUGGUCACUUCCGCUUUCCCAGCUCAGCUUCCUCACUCUCGUCAAGUCCGCCCACCCACGAGGUCAUCGAAGCUCCCAAUGCCUCUGGCAAGCUUCCUAAGCUAACCGAGGAGCCUGUUGAGCAAGAGUACCACUACGGAACCGAAGACACCCACCGUUGCUCAUGUGACACUGAGAACGGCCACGAAACCAACUGUGAGAUUGCCAGAGCCUAUGAAUUCCAGGAUGAGUACUUCCGCUCCGUGGAUGCGGAGAUCCGUAUGGCCAAGCGUCGACGUUCCUUGGAGUCAUCAGCCAACAGCAUUACCAACAAGAUCGAACGACGCUUCCCUUCCUUAUCGCGCAAAGUCAAAGAGCGCAAGAGGGCCUCGUCAAGCUUCACCAGGGUUUCGAGGAGUGAGACACCAUCUCGUGUUUCAUCCACGCGAUCAUCGUCAAUCACCAGCUCUAUUCGCCAUGUCGCCUCCUUCGAUGUCUCCCAACAGUACUCUCAGGUUCCCACUCCUGCUCACAGCAUGGAGCAGCUCAGCGAAGCCUCAGCAUCACCCAUGGAGAUUGACGUCGCCAAAGCCAAUGCCAUCGACAUCGACAUCGACCCUGAGCAGGUCGAUGCUGAACGCUAUGCGACCACUCCUCUUCUGCCUCCACUACUGAUGUGCCGGGACGACUUGCCAACAUCUUCCCCCCUUCAGUCACCCACCAUUGCCGAUGCAUCGCAGUCCUGCGUUCCAACGCCCAUGGGCACUCCGCCGGUUCGCGCUUACCCUACCCCUACGCUGUCGGCCAAGCCAUCUUUUGCAUCUAUCAAGACAUCCCGCCCUGGAUACACAGUGUCUUCUGCCGAUAUUCCACCUAUGAUGUUGGCCGACCCUAACGACAAGUGGACCAACCUCCUUGGCCACGCGAACUUUACCAUCCUGCCGGAACCCUACGUACCCGAGCGCCUUGACGCAGCGUCAUUGAGACAACUUUUCGCCGACUGGGAGUCAGCACGCUGCAACUACGCAAAGCACCAAGUCCGGACUGCAGAGCACUACGGUGUGACCUCCAAGCACUACACACUCACUGAACAGAAGUGGGCAGAGAUCGACGCCGAGUGGAAGAGGAACCAUGAGUUGGCCACCUCCUCCCACGCUGCCAACAUUGGUCACUUCUCGCCAGUGGAGCCAUUGUCGCCCGUCGAGCCAGCUCCUCUCAGCAAGAUGCCUACGCUCAAUGAUCCCAAAAGCGAGGGCAAAUUCCCCAAGCUCGGCGACGAGGACGUUGUCGGCCCAAUGGUCCAGAUUGCAUCACCGAUGAUGCUCAAGACCCCUUCGCGCAAGCGCGCUUUUUUUAAAUUCCUUAGUGACCUGCUCCCCGGUUCUCUCCUCGGCCGAUCCUCGGUCGGCAUUCGAGGCCACUAG